GGGAGAGGCAUAAAUAGUAAUACAAGUAAGAGGGAGAUGAGAGCCGUCACUAUCAACCAUGGGCCAGAAAACCCUCCAAGGGCUGGUAGCUACGGCGCUGGCAACAUUGCCGCUGGUAAAUGCUCAGCUGCCCGGAGCGGUGACCCCUGAAGUCCACCCCAAGCUGGCAACCUGGCAGUGCACGACAAGCGGUGGCUGCGUCGAGCAAGACACCUCUGUGGUGCUUGACUGGAACUACCGUUGGUUCCACACAUCAGACAAUACCACCUCGUGCACCACGUCCGAGGGCAUCGACUCUACCCUAUGCCCGGAUCAAGCCACCUGCGCCGAGAACUGCGUUGUGGAAGGCACCGACUACGCGAGCAGCGGCAUCGAGACAUCCGGAAGCUCUCUCACGCUCAAGCAAUUCGUGAAGGACAGCGAAGGCAAGAUCAACAGCGUCUCCCCUCGCGCCUACCUUCUCGGCGCGGAUGGCGACUACGUCAUGUUCAAGCUCCUCGGCCAAGAGUUGAGCUUCGACGUCGACGUCUCCACCCUCCCCUGCGGCGAGAACGCGGCCCUCUACUUCUCCGAGAUGAGCGCAACAGGCGGCCGGAACGAGUACAACACCGGCGGCGCCAACUACGGCUCCGGAUACUGCGACGCCCAGUGCCCCAUCCAGACCUGGAACAACGGCACGCUCAACACAGCGCAGGAGGGAUCCUGCUGCAACGAGAUGGACAUCCUGGAAGCCAACUCGCGCGCCAACGCCUUCACGCCGCACCCCUGCAUCGGCGACAACUGCGACAAGGCCGGCUGCGGCUUCAACCCCUACGCGCGCGGCAACAAGGAGUACUACGGCCCCGGCCUCACGCUCGACACGUCCAAGCCCUUCACCAUGGUCACGCAGUUCAUCACCGACGACGGCACCACCACGGGCAGCCUCAGCCAGGUGACGCGCUACUACGUGCAGAACGGGCAGAAGAUCCCCAGCGCCGUGCCCGAGGGCGACGGCAUCUCGGCCGACGCCUGCUCCGUGUCGGACGCGUACGGCGGCCUGGCCGGCAUGGGCGAGGCGCUCGGCCGCGGCAUGGUCAUGGCCCUCAGCAUCUGGAACGACAGCGAGAGCUUCAUGAACUGGCUCGACAGUGGCGACAACGGGCCGUGCACCGAGACGGAGGGCGACCCGGCGAACAUCGUGGCUGAACACCCGAAUGCCCAGGUUGUUCUGUCUAACAUCCGCUGGGGCGACAUCGACUCUACCGUCGAAGCUUAA